GGAGAAAAGGAGGGAGGGGACAGGAUCAGCCUGGCACAGCUCAGAUCUAUUUCUUCUCCAGCUUGGGAAGCAGGAGCUGCAGCAACCAGGAAGGAUCUCUAGCAAACGUUGUUUGAUACCGGCCAACAUGGAGGAAGCAAUAGUGGGAGUUACCUGCGAACAGAACUAAUCCACCGGCUUCCGCUUUAGCCAUCCAGCUGUGUACUUGAAGAAGGGAGGGAAGCCUAAUCCUUCACCCGUGGAAUCACAUCUGUCUGUCUACACUCCCGACAGCAGGAGUAAAAGGGGUUAUUUUCCCCUUCUGGCUGCCUGCAUUUAGCCUAAGAAGCAAAGGAGGGUGGGGAGCUCGCCUCUGAGGAGCCUCCCUGAGCCAUGGGCAACGAAGCGAGCUUGGAAGGGGAAGGUCUCCCUGAAGGGCUGACAGCUGCGGCGGCGGCGGCAGCAGCAGCCGGAGGAGGGGACGGCGGGGCGGGGAGCACCUUACACACCAUGAUCCCGGCCGGCAUGGAGGCGGAUCUGAGCCAGUUGAGCGAGGAGGAGAGGAGACAGAUCGCUGCUGUCAUGUCAAGGGCGCAGGGGCUGCCCAAAGGAAACGUCCCCCCCGCCGCAGCGGAACCACCUUCUAUGCAAAGGAAACAAGAGUUUGAUAGCAGUCAUCAUCCAAAGCAACCAGGGAAACCUCCAGAUCCUGGGCGUCCUGGACAACCCACCCUCAGUAAAAGUAGAACAACAGAUACUUUGAGAACUGAGCAGAAAUCUCCUGGAAGAAGCCCUUCUACUACUAGCCUGAGAGAAUCUAAAUCGAGAACAGAUUUUAAAGAAGAACAAAAGUCAAGUAUUAUGCCUAGCUUUCUCACAGAUUCUAACCCAUUAAGUGCUGUCUCCUCUGUUGUAAAUAAAUUUAACCCAUUUGAUUUGAUAUCAGACUCUGAUGUAUCCCAGGAAGAAACCACUAGGAAACAAAAAGUUGUUCAGAAGGAACCGGCGAAACCUGAAGGCAUCACAAAACCCCUAUCUCAACAGCAGUCCCCUAAACCAAUUACAAAGCCACAAGGGCCUCCCAAAGUUACAUCUCAGCCAGCUGGUACUACCAAACCAAUACCUCCUCAACAACCUGGAAAAACUAAACCUCAAUCUGUUGGGACAGGAAAGCCAACUCAAAUUUUAGGGUCUACAGAAGAAGAAACUUCACGAUCAGAACAGACAAAGUCACCAGUCCAACAACGAGGUCCAACCAAGACUCAACCAGAUCCUUCAAAAUCAGAUCCUGCUAAAUUAGUAUCACAAGGCCCAUCUAAAACAUAUUCCCAGCAACCGGGGCCUACAAAAUCACCUGCCCAACAACCGGACCCAAUAAAACCACCUGCUCAGCAGCCUGGGCCAACAAAACCUCCCACUCAGCAGCCUGGGCCAAUAAAACCUCCCACUCAGCAGCCUGGGCCAAUGAAACCUCCCAUUCAGCAGCCUGGGCCAACGAAACCUCCCACUCAGCAGCCUGGGCCAACAAAACCUCCCCCUCAACAGCCAGUGCCCACAAAACUGACCGCUCAUCAGACUGGGGCUUCAAAACCCCCCACCCAGCAGCCUGGGCCUUCAAAACCCCCCACCCAGCAGCCAGGGAUCACAAAACCUCCUGCCCAACAGUUAGGACCCACAAAACCCCCUUCUCAACAGCCAGGCUCAACAAAACCCCUUGGUCAGCAGACUACAAAACCCUCAAGCCAACAAGCAGAGCCUGGAAAACCUUUGCAACCACAACCAACUUCAUCCCCAUCUGCAGCACUGACGUCAGCCCAGGGUCCCCCCAAAACCUUUUGUCCUCUUUGCACUACUACAGAACUUCUGCUCCACACUCCGGAAAAGGCCAAUUAUAAUACUUGCACUCAGUGUCAAACAAUUGUCUGUAGCCUGUGUGGGUUCAGUCCCCCACAUAUAACAGAGGUUAAAGAGUGGCUUUGUUUAAACUGCCAGAUGCAAAGAGCAUUGGGUGGUGAUUUGGCCCCAGUUCCACCAACUCCUCAGCCGAAACCGAAGGUUAGCCCUGCGGUUACAGCAUCUUCAGUGACUAAACCAGUUCCUCCACCCCAGCAAACUUCCCUGAAAAAGGAUGUUACCCCUAAACCAGAUCUUUCAAAGCCCCCUGAGAUUAAAAAACCUCCGCCACUCACAAAGCAACCAUCCAUUCCAGGCUCUCCUCCAGCAAAAGCCAAGCAGCCUUCCCCCAGAGAGUCUGUAACCCAGCCAACCCCUCACCCAGAGCCUUCUCUCAAAUCUGAACAAGCCAAGGUACCAGUGGCUGAUGACAAAUCCAAACAGCCAAAGACACAGAAGCCUCCAGCUGAUGCUGUGGCUUCCUCCUUAGUUGCAGUGAAACCUGAUCUCCCAGGCUCCAAAAUGCAAUCACAGGUUCAGGAGAAAACAGCACAACCUCCAAAAACAGAUUCUGCCAAAUCAACACAAAUUAUCCCACCCGUGGGGGAUAAAGAACUCCCACCUGAUUCUAAAGGCCCAUCCCGUACUCCAUCUGAUUCCAAACUCACUUCACAACCUGGGAUGAUCUCAGAGAGUAAAAUUCAAAAACAAGUUGAUCCAGUUCAAAAAAAGGAAGACCCUAAGAAAGCACAAACCAAAAUGAGCCCCAAACCAGAUGCCAAGCAAAUGCCAAAAGGAUCGCCUACUCUCCCAGGCACAAAGCCUAGUCCUGGUCAACCCACACUUACGGCCCAGCAGCCCCCAAAGACCCAAGAACAGUCGAGACGUUUCAGUCUUAAUCUGGGAAGUAUCACGGAUGCCCCGAAAUCGCAGCCCACAACUCCCCAAGAGACAGUCACUGGGAAGCUCUUUGGAUUUGGAGCCUCAAUCUUUAGCCAGGCAUCAAAUUUAAUUUCCACAGCUGGUCAAGCAGGAACUCAAGCACAAGGUAUGCCAGGGGCUCCAACCAAACAACCUCCUCCCCCUUCACAUCCACCUGUAUCUCAGGUACCACCUAAGCCCACCAGUCAAACUCCACAAACAGUUCCUAAAACCACACCUGUUAAAAAGGACACAAAAGCUCCAACUGCUGAAAAAGCUGAGGUGCCUAAAACUGAACAGGUUGCCCCAAUCAAAGGCACAGAACCAGAAAAGAAGCCUUUUCCCACAAAAGAGAGCAAACCGCAAAUGGUGGAACCUCAAAAGGCUGCUGGCCCUCUAGAAUCAGAAAAGCCCACCAAACCAAAAUCUACUUGUCCCCUUUGUAAAACUGGCCUAAAUGUGGGUUCUAAGGAUCCUCCCAACUUUAAUACUUGUACAGAAUGCAAGAAUGUGGUAUGCAAUCUCUGUGGAUUUAAUCCGACACCACACUUAACUGAGGUUCAAGAAUGGCUAUGCUUAAAUUGCCAGACGCAGAGAGCAAUAUCAGGACAACUUGGGGACAUGGGCAAAGUGCCACCUUCAAUCCCACCUAUUUCUUCAGAGAUUGUACAAAAACCAUCAGCUGUACCUCAGCCUCCUGUGACAGAAGAAAUAUCCCCCACAAUAUCCCCAAUGCCUGCCCAAGUAAUAGAAAAAAAGAAAGAACAAGAAGCACAAAAAGAAGAUGAAAAAGUAAAGGAAAUACCUUCACUUGAAAAGAAGCCCCCACUGAUAAGCACAGAUGAAAAGCAUGAGGAAAGUAAAAUGAAAGACAAGAUUAUAGACUCUGAUGAUUUGGGAGAAAAGCCCCCAAAGGGAGAGUCGCAAGAAAUAAUGAAACCUGAGGUGCCAGCUGAUAAAGAAAAAUCCUUGGACCAGGAACCUCCUAAAGAAGUACAUGUAGAAAAACAAGCAGAGACCAAGACAGCACCUGGAAUUCCCCAGAGUCUACCCAAAGACGAGGAGAAAAUUCAAAAAAGAGAUGAUGUACUACAGACAACACCAUUAGUAAAACCAGAUCAAGUGGAAACAGUGAAAGAAAAAAUAGAAAAGGAAGAUGACAAAUCAGAUACAUCAAGUUCUCAGCAACAGAAAAGCCCUCAAGGUUUGAGUGACACAGGAUAUUCUUCUGAUGGAAUAUCAGGUUCCCUUGGUGAAAUUCCAAGUCUUAUUCCUGGUGAUGAAAAGGACUUGCCACAAGAACUCAAAAAAGAUUCUCAUUCUCAAGAAAGUAGUCCUACAAGUCCUUCUGAUCUAGCAAAGUUAGAAAGUACUGUUCUGUCCAUUUUGGAAGCUCAAGCAAAUUCACUUGUUGAAGAAAAAUCAGAAAAGAAAAAAGAAUUAUAUGGUGGGCUUCCUGAGCAGCCUAAAGAGCAACAGAAAACUAAGGAUUUUCCUGUCACACUAGAAUCUUAUAGUUCAGAAGAAGAGGAUAUCAAGGAAGUUCAAGAAGAAAAGAAAGAUAUCCUUGUAAAAGCUGAAAAAGACAGUAUCCCUUCCAUAAAGGCCCUCAGAGAAAAAACUGACUUUGUAGAUGAUGUGACAGCUAGAAGGCAGCGUUAUGAUUCACUGGAAGAUAGCAGUGAAAGUGAAAACUCCCCUGUCUCACGAAGGAAAAGAAGAGCUAGUGUUGGUUCAUCAAGCAGUGAUGAAUAUAAGCAGGAAGACAGUCAAGGAUCAGGUGAUGACGAAGAUUUCAUUCGAAAACAGAUCAUAGAGAUGAGUGCUGAUGAAGAUGCCUCUGGUUCAGAUGAUGAUUUCAUCAGGAAACAACUCAAAGAAAUCAGUGUUAGUGAGAGCCAGAAGAAGGAAGAAACAAAAGGAAAGGGGAAAGGAAUAGUUGGGAAACACAGGAGACUCACCAGAAAAAGUAGUACAAGCUUUGAUGAUGAUGCAGGGAGACGCCAUUCUUGGCAUGAUGAAGAUGAUGAGACAUUCGAUGAGAGCCCAGAACUAAAAUAUAGAGAAACCAAAAGUCAGGAAAGCGAAGAACUCACUGUUACUGGUGGAGGAGGUCUUAGAAGAUUCAAAACCAUUGAACUAAACAGCACAGUGACAGAUAAAUAUUCUGAAGACUCUGUGCAAAAGAAAGCAAGUUUAUAUUUUGAUGAAGAACCAGAACUUGAGAUGGAAAGUCUUACAGAUUCACCAGAAGAUCGGUCCCGAGGAGAAGGAUCUUCUAGUCUGCAUGCCUCCAGUUUCACACCUGGUACAUCUCCCACAUCAGUGUCAUCUCUUGAUGAGGACAGUGACAGCAGUCCAAGUCACAAAAAGGGAGAGAGUAAACAGCGUAAAUCUAGACACCGAUCACAUGGUCCUCUUCUUCCCACUAUUGAAGAUUCUUCAGAAGAAGAGGAAAUGAGGGAAGAAGAAGAACUAUUAAAGGAGCAAGAAAAACAACGUGAAAUUGAACAGCAGCAAAGAAAGAGUUCCAGUAAAAAAUCAAAAAAAGACAAAGAUGAACUUCGGGCUCAAAGAAGAAGAGAAAGACCAAAGACACCACCCAGCAAUCUCUCUCCAAUCGAAGAUGCAUCUCCCACAGAAGAAUUACGUCAGGCUGCAGAGAUGGAAGAAUUGCAUCGUUCCUCUUGCUCUGAAUAUUCUCCAAGCAUAGAAUCAGAUCCAGAAGGGUUUGAAAUUAGCCCAGAAAAAAUAAUAGAAGUACAAAAAGUUUAUAAACUGCCCACAGCUGUGUCUUUAUAUUCUCCAACAGAUGAGCAAUCUAUUACAAUUCAAAAAGAAAGUGGUCAAAAGGUAUUAAAAAGUGCUGAGGAAAUGUAUGAAGAAAUGAUGCAUAAAUCCCACAAAUCAAAAGCAUUUCCAACACCAACAGAGAAAGAUGAAGUAUUUGAGAAGGAGCCAUUGUAUGGUGGAAUGCUAAUAGAGGAUUAUAUUUACGAAUCUCUGGUUGAAGAUACAUACAAUGGUACUGUUGAUAGUAGUCUAUUAACAAGACAAGAGGAGGAUAGUGAAUUUAUUCAGCCAGGAGGGAGAGAGAGAAAAAUGAGACUUCCAGAGGAGAUCUAUGAAGAUCCUAUGAAGAAAAUCUCAGAUCUGCAGAAAGAAUUUUAUGAGCUGGAAAGCUUACACUCUAUGGUACCUCAAGAAGAUAUUGUAUCAAGCUCAUAUAUCAUUCCUGAAAGUCAUGAAAUUGUGGAUCUAGGUACUAUGGUAACAUCAACGAGUGAAGAGAAGCAGUUAUUAGAUGCAGAUGCAGCCUAUGAGGAACUCAUGAAGAGGCAACAAAUGCAGCUAACCCCAGGGGCUAGUCCAACUCAACCAGCCACUGAGCAUGAUAUAACAGAGCCUGCAAUAGACUUUGACAGAAUGCCAGAUACCUCAUUGACAUCUAGUAUUCUCUCAGGAGCCUCACUUACAGACUCAACUAGUAGUACAACACUUUCUAUCCCAGAUGUGAAAAUAACACAGCACUUUUCGCCAGAGGAAAUAGAGGAUGAAUAUAUAACUGAUUAUACCAGAGAAAUUCAAGAGAUAAUUGCCCAUGAAUCAUCAAUUUUAGCAUACUCUGAGCUCUCAGAAAGUGCAACAUCUGUGCUACCGUCUGACACGCCCUCUCUUACAUCAUCCAUUUCAUCAGUUUGUACAACGGAUAGCUCCUCACCUAUUACUGCUCCAGAAACCACAACUGUGAUUUUUGCAGAUACUGUGGACCAACUAGCUAAAAUUCAGGAUUCUGAAAAGAUUCCAUCAUUACCUCCCUUUCCAAUAGACACAAAAGUGUAUUCAGGAACAGAUAAAUCUUUAGAUCAGACUGCCCAACCCUCUUCUAAAGCAAUUGAUGAUCAUGUUGCAAUUUCUCUUCCUGAUGUUCCAAGAUCUGUCAUGGUACCUGAAGAAUUCAAACCGAAGCCGUCUAUUUCUGAUUCUUUUUCUGUUGAUUCAUCUGUAUCAGAAGAAGAUGCAGUAAGAAAAACUAAGAGUAAAAAUGGAAAUGGUGACAUGCUGGAAACUUACAAGGAUAAAAGAAAGGCACCUGUACCUUUACUACGCAGAAUUAGCUCUGUAGAUUCUGGGCCAGCCCAACCACCUUCAAGUACCAUUGCAGUUCCAGUUAGUGAUCAAAUGUCAACUAUUUCUUCUAUAUCUAGAGAAGUGACCGAUACAAUAUCACAAUUGCCAUCUACGACUUCAAUUCCUGCUGUGACACCUAGAACACCUUUUCUUUGGAGAAGUUCUUCUUUGGAUUCAUCUGCCCAACCCCCAUUUGCUCCUCCUGCUCCAGCUCCUCCUGCUCCGGCUCCUCCUGCUCCAGCUCUUCCUGCUCCGGCUCGUCCUGCUCCUCCUGCUCCAGUUCCUCCUGCUCCGGCUCGUCCUGCUCCUCCUGCUCCAGUUCCUCCUGCUCCAGCUCCUCCUGCUCCAGCUCCUCCUGCUCCAGCUCCUCCUGUUCCUGCUCUUCCUACCCCUGCUCCUCUUGCUCCUGCUCCUCCUCCUCCUCCACCUCCUCCACCUCCACCACUUCCCCCACCAACUCCACCUAAACCUGCUAUUUAUCCUAAAAAGAAGUUAAUAAAAGCUCCUCCAGUGACAUCAGCUGUUGUUGUACCUUCAGUUGACACUGUUGCUACUGUAGAGGCUACUGCUAGUCCAAAAAAUAAUUUGACGCCUGUAACAAAAGUAUACACCCCUGCACCACCUCCAGUUCCACCUAAGCCUUCUUCAAUUCCAUCAGGACUUGUAUUUACUCACAGGCCUGUUGAGGGGACCAAGCCUCCAAUUGCUCCUAAACCAACAAUUCCUCAGCCUCCAAUAACUACACCGCUGCCAGUGGAUAUACAUCCCAAACCAGCAGGUUUAUCCUUAACUUCAAGUAUGACAUUGAAUUUAGUGACUUCAGCAGAUUAUAAAUUGCCAUCUCCUACAUCCCCCUUGUCACCACAUUCUAACAAGUCCUCACCAAGGUUUUCCAAAUCAUUGGAGACUUAUGUUGUUAUAACAUUACCAUCUGAACCAGGAACUCCAACAGAUUCUUUAACUAGUCAGGCAGUGACCAGUUGGCCUUUGGGAUCACCUUCUAAAGAACUAGUUUCAAUGGAACCUGUAUUUACUACAGUUCUUCCUGUGACAGGUGAAGAGAUUCAAAGCAUGUCAGAUCAGAGCCUGUAUACCUCAGGUGCUUUACAGCCUUUCUCUGCUGCCCCAGUCAUGACACAGCCUUCAUUCCAUAUAGUCCCAGGCUCAGUAACUCCAUUUCUCUCAAGUGAACUGAGCAAAACCUUAGUUUCAUUAGCAGACAGCACAAUUCCUAGUGUUGAUUCAAGUAGUGUUUCUAUAACAAUUCCUCCCGAACCUGUGGCUCAAGAACCCUUAGCAUUAGAGAAACCAAGAUAUAAAGAAGAUGUUCAGCACUUUGGGGAUGUUAUUGAUCUACGCAUGGUACCAAAGGUUGAUGGUGAAAUACCUGGAAGCUGCAUGGACCUGUCUGCUUCUCCAGUAGAUGUGAGAAGGCAGACCACAGCAAGUGAGUCAUAUGGCAGACAAAUCAGCACUGUCCAACCUGCUAUCAUAAAUCUCAGUGCAACUUCAACAGUAGUCACGCCACUCUCCCUGGUCACAGAAACUAUGGCUGUUGUGACAUGUACAACUAGCGUAAGUUAUACCACUAGCACAGAAAGCCUGCUUGGGACAGAUCAUUCUAUGAUGACACCUCUUCAGUUAACAACAUCAAAACAUGCUGAGCCUACCUACAGAAAAACGAGUGUCCAGGUCUUCCCUACACUUAGGGAGGAAGCACCAAUAAAUUUAUCUCUAGGUACUUCUGGCCAUGCAGUAACAAUGCCUGCCACCAAACCUAUCACUGUACCUCCACCCAGUGUUACCAAUGGAUGGGCUGAUCUCUCCACGACUCAGGGGCCCCAAGAUGAUGGUGCGGUGGAUCUCAGUACUACAAAGUCUCACCGUACUGUAGUCACCAUGGAUGAAUCCACUUCAGGAGUUGUGACGACUGUCAUAGAAGAUGAUGAGAAACCAGUGGAUUUGACCGCAGGAAGAAGAGCAGUUUGCUGUGAUGUUGUUUAUAAGUUACCAUUUGGAAGAAGUUGUACAACACAACAGCCUGCAACUACUCUUCCAGAAGAUCGUUUUGGUUACAGGGAUGAUCACUACCAGUAUGAUCGAUCAGGGCCAUAUGGUUAUAGGGGAAUUGGGGGCAUGAAGCCUUCUAUGUCUGACACGAACUUAGCUGACACUGGAGUUUUUCUUUAUAAAAGUAAGAAUACCUUUGAUUAUACUGGAGGGGUUGAUACAGCAGUAGAUCUAACUUCUGGAAGAAUAACCACAGGUGAGGUAAUGGAUUAUUCAAGCAAGACCACAGGUCCUUACCCUGAGACUCGGCAAGUUAUUUCAGGCAGUGGGAUUGGUACACCACAGUAUUCUACAGCAAGAAUGACCCCUCCACCAGGAUCCCCAUAUGGCAUGGGGAGUGUUUUGAGAUCCUCCAAUGGUGUAGUCUAUUCUUCAGUAGCAACUCCAGUCCCUUCUACAUUUGCUAUCACUACUCAGCCUGGCUCAAUUUUCAGCACUACAGUGAGGGAUUUGUCUGGCAUUCACACAACUGAUGCAAUAACAUCUUUGUCUGCUUUGCAACAGAGCCAACCAUUACCUAGAUCGUAUGGUUUCCUAACUACAGGAGCAUCUGAUAAGGACAGUUCUGUGACUGCAAUAGAAAUAGAAACAAGCUUACAAACUCUUCCUGUAGAGAGUCUCCCUGCUGAGGCCAUUGAUGUUAUUCCCACUUUGACCACAGCAUCUGAGGUGUUUCCAGAAGUCUUGGGAGAUGACAGUGCUCUUGUCAUUGGGACUGAAGAAGAUAAGCAGCAACAACUUGAUUUGGAGAGGGAGCUCUUAGAACUUGAGAAAAUUAAGCAACAGCGAUUUGCUGAAGAGUUAGAGUGGGAACGACAGGAAAUACAAAGAUUCCGAGAGCAAGAAAAGUUUAUGGUUCAAAAGAAACUAGAGGAGUUGCAAUCUAUGAAACAACAUCUCCUAUUACAGCAAGAAGAAGAGAGACAAGCUCAGUUUAUGAUGAGGCAAGAAACACUAGCACAGCAACAGCUACAGCUUGAGCAAAUCCAGCAACUUCAACAGCAACUUCACCAGCAGCUAGAAGAGCAAAAGAUCCGCCAGAUAUACCAGUAUAAUUAUGAUCCUUCAGGAACAGCUUCACCACAAACAACCACAGAACAAGCAAUUCUGGAAGGUCAGUAUCCAGCAGUGGAGAGCAAUCAGUUUUGGCCCACCGAAGAUGUCACCACCACAGCUUCAGCUGUAGUGGCCAUUGAAAUCCCGCAGAGCCAAGGCUGGUAUACAGUUCAAUCUGAUGGUGUUACUCAAUAUAUCGCUCCACCUGGCAUACUGAGUACGGUUUCUGAAAUGCCCUUAACUGAUAUUGUUGUGAAGGAUGAAAAGCAGCUUAAAAAAAGGACUUCUGGAACCAAGAUGCGUGGCCAAUAUGAUGAGCUUGAGGAAGCUGUGGGUGAGGACCCUCGGUGUUUUAAAAAGAUAGUGGACAGUGGAGUACAAACCGAUGAUGAAGAUGGAGCCGACAGAAGUUAUGCUAAUAGGAGAAGAAGAAGUAAAAAGAGUGUGGAUACGAGUGUUCAGACUGAUGAUGAAGAUCAAGAUGAAUGGGAUGUGCCCAGUAGAUCACGGAGAAAAUCACGUCCAGGGAAAUAUAGUGAUAGCACCUCUGAAAUCGACAAAACCAAACCCCUUUCCAAGGUAUCUAGCAUAGCAGUUCAGACAGUGGCAGAAAUAUCAGUGCAGACUGAACCAGUUGGGACCAUAAGAACACCUUCCAUACGUGCUCGAGUCGAUGCAAAAGUUGAAAUAAUCAAGCACAUUUCAGCUCCUGAAAAAACAUACAAAGGUGGAAGUUUAGGUUGUCAAACAGAGACAGACCCAGAUGCACAGAGUCCUCAGUUUUUGAGCGCCACAUCUUCACCCAAAGACAAGAAACGUCCAACGCCUUUAGAAAUAGGUUAUUCAUCUCAUCUUCGGGCAGAUUCCACCCUACAGCUAGCACCAUCCCCACCAAAAUCUCCAAAAGUUCUUUAUUCACCCAUUUCUCCAAUUUCACCAGGCAAAGCCUUAGAAUCAGCCUUUGUACCUUAUGAAAAGCCCAUUACUGAUGAUAUUAGCCCUCAGAAAAUAUUGCACCCAGACAUGGCAAAGGUUCCACCAGCAAGUCCAAAGUCUGCGAAAAUGAUGCAGAGGUCAAUGUCUGAUCCAAAACCUUUGAGUCCAACAGCAGAAGAGAGUUCCAGAGUGCAUUUUCAGUACACAGAAGGCUACUUGACCAAAGGCUCUCAGACUAUGACUGCUUCUGGCAGCCAGAAGAAAGUAAAGAGAACACUACCAAAUCCGCCUCCUGAAGAAACUUCCUCAGGAACCCCAUCAGCAUACAGCACUAUGGGAUCUGUUUCCCGAAGAAGAAUCUGCAGAACUAACACAAUGGCAAGAGCCAAAAUCCUCCAGGAUAUAGAUAGAGAACUUGAUCUUGUGGAAAGGGAAUCAGCAAAACUCAGGAAGAAGCAAGCUGAACUGGAUGAGGAAGAAAAGGAGAUAGAUGCAAAGUUGCGUUACUUAGAAAUGGGAAUCAACCGAAGAAAAGAAGCUUUAUUAAAGGAAAGGGAAAAGAGAGAGCGAGCCUACCUCCAGGGAGUAGCUGAGGACCGUGAUUAUAUGUCAGAUAGUGAAGUAAGCAGCACUCGGACAACCCGAAUAGAAAGUCAGCAUGGUUUGGAGAGACCUAGAACUGCCCCCCAAACGGAAUUUAACCAAUUUAUGCCACCCCAAACACAGACAGAGUCUCAGUUAGUUCCACCAACAAGUCCUUACACCCAGUACCAGUUCUCCUCCCCUGCUCUUCCAACCCAAGCACCAACUCAGUAUACCCAACAGUCUCCUUACCAACAGCAGCCUUUAUACCAUCAGCAGGUUUCCCCUUAUCAGACCCAGCCCACCUUCCAAACUGUGGCCACAAUGUCCUUCACACCACAAACACAGCCUCCACCAACACCACAGCCUUCCUAUCAACUUCCAUCUCAGAUGAUGGUCAUACAGCAAAAACCAAGGCAAUCUACAUUGUAUUUGGAGCCUAAAAUAACAUCUAAUUAUGAAGUCAUUCGAAAUCAACCGCUGAUGAUAGCACCAGUUUCUACUGAGAAUACUUAUGCAGUGUCCCACCUUGGUAGUAAAUAUAAUAGUUUAGAUUUAAGAAUAGGUUUAGAGGAAAGAAAUAGCAUAGCUGGCAGUCCAAUCUCAAGCAUAUCUGCAGAUUCUUUCUAUGCAGAUAUAGAACACCACACACCACGGAAUUAUCUUCUAAUUGAUGAUAUUGGUGAGCUUACUAAAGGAACAGCCUCACUGAGUACUGCAUUUAGCCUUCACGAUAAGGAUUUGACAAAAACUGACCGCCUCCUUCAAACAACAGAGACUCGCAGAACCCAAGAAGUUACAGAUUUUCUGGCACCUUUACAGACUUCUUCUAGACUACAUUCCUAUGUAAAAGCAGAUGAAGACCCAAUGGAUGAUCCAUAUGAAUUGAAACUUCUCAAACAUCAGAUCAAGCAGGAAUUCCGUCGUGGUGCUGAAAGUUUAGACCAUCUCGCUGGUCUUUCCCAUUAUUACCAUGCAGACACUAGCUAUAGGCAUUUCCCUAAAUCAGAGAAAUAUAGCAUUAGUAGAUUGACACUUGAAAAACAGGCAGCAAAACAACUUCCAGCAGCAAUCCUUUAUCAAAAGCAAGCAAAGCAUAAAAAAUCACUAAUUGACCCCAAAAUGUCAAAAUUUUCACCAAUUCAAGAAAGCAGAGACCUUGAACCUGAUUACUCAAGUUAUAUGACUUCUAGCUCUCCAUCAGUUGGAGGCAUUUCUUCCAGGGCAAGACUUCUUCAGGAUGAUAUUACAUUUGGCCUUAGGAAAAAUAUCACAGACCAACAAAAAUUCAUAGGUUCAUCCCUUACUUCAUCCCUUGGAACAGGCUUGGGCACUUUGGGUUCCACAAUCCGGUCAGCAUUACAGGAUGAGGCAGACAAGCCUUAUAGCAGUGGCACUAGAUCAAGGCCUUCUUCUCGACCAUCUUCCGUCUAUGGACUUGAUUUAUCCAUAAAGAGAGAUUCGUCAAGCUCUUCUUUAAGACUGAAGGCUCAAGAGGCUGAAGCUUUGGAUGUUGCUUUUAGUCAUGUCACACCCUCUGGCAGAACUAAGCCCACAAGUCUGCCUAUUAGCCAGAGCAGAGGAAGAAUACCAAUUGUUGCUCAGAACUCAGAAGAAGAAAGUCCUUUGAGCCCUGUUGGCCAACCAAUGGGAAUGGCAAGAGCUGCAGCUGGACCACUGCCACCAAUAUCUGCUGAUACCAGAGAUCAAUUUGGAUCAAGUCAUUCUUUGCCUGAAGUUCAGCAGCAUAUGAGGGAAGAAUCACGGACUCGAGGAGGCUAUGAUCGGGAUAUUGCAAUCUUCAUGGAUGACUUCCAACAUGCCAUGUCAGACAGUGAAGCCUAUCACCUACGUCGUGAGGAAACAGAUUGGUUUGACAAGCCCAGGGAAACUCGUUUAGAAAAUGGACAUGGUCUUGACCGGAAACUGCCAGAAAGACUGAUUCAUUCAAGACCACUCAGCCAACAUCAAGAACAAAUGAAUGGGAAGCCUACACAGUACAUCUUUCCUCAUGCAAGAAUAAAAAUAAUGAGAGACCUUAAGGAUCAUACAGUUUCAGGUAAUGGGUUAGGAAUCAGAAUAGUAGGUGGCAAAGAAAUCCCAGGAAAUAGUGGAGAAAUUGGAGCUUAUAUUGCCAAGAUCCUCCCUGGUGGAAGUGCGGAGCAGACAGGAAAGCUAAUUGAAGGAAUGCAAGUUUUAGAAUGGAAUGGAAUCCCCCUGACUUCUAAAACCUAUGAAGAAGUCCAGAGUAUCAUUAAUCAACAAAGUGGGGAAGCAGAAAUAUGUGUAAGACUGGAUAUCAACAUGCUCUCAGAUUCGGAGAAUCCCCAACACUUGGAACUACAUGAACCACCAAAGGCUGUAGACAAAGCAAAAUCCCCUGGGGUGGAUCCAAAGCAACUGGCGGCUGAGCUCCAAAAAGUUUCUCUCCAGCAGUCACCAUUGGUUCUUUCUUCAGUUGUUGAAAAAGGAUCACAUGUUCACUCUGGCCCCACAUCAGCUGCAUCUAGUGCUGUUCCUAGUCCUGGUCAACCAGGAUCACCCUCUGUGAGCAAAAAGAGGCACAGCAGCAAGCCCACUGAUGCAACAAAGUCUGUCUCUCAUCCAAUUACUGGAGAAAUUCAGCUUCAAAUCAACUAUGACAAGCACCUUGGAAAUCUUAUUAUCCACAUUCUUCAAGCAAGAAAUCUUGUUCCCCGAGACAACAAUGGAUAUUCUGAUCCUUUUGUUAAAGUUUAUCUUCUUCCAGGGAGAGGCCAAGUCAUGGUUGUCCAGAAUGCAAGUGCUGAGUAUAAGAGAAGAACUAAAUAUGUUCAGAAAAGUCUUAAUCCAGAAUGGAAUCAGACAGUAAUUUAUAAAAAUAUCUCCAUGGAACAGCUCAAGAAGAAAACACUGGAAGUGACAGUCUGGGAUUAUGAUAGAUUCUCUUCCAAUGACUUUCUUGGUGAGGUAUUGAUUGAAUUAUCCAGUACUUCUCACCUUGACAAUACACCUCGAUGGUAUCCUCUCAAAGAACAGACAGAAAGUAUUGAACAUGGAAAGUCCCAUUCUAGUCAGAGUAGCCAGCAAUCUCCAAAACCAUCUGUCAUCAAAAGCAGAAGUCAUGGAAUCUUCCCUGAUCCGUCCAAGGAUAUGCAGGUACCUACAAUUGAGAAAUCCCAUAGUAGUCCUGGGAGCUCAAAGUCAUCCUCUGAAGGCCAUCUUCGCUCUCAUGGACCAUCACGUAGCCAAAGCAAGACCAGUGUCACUCAGACCCAUCUUGAAGAUGCAGGGGCCGCCAUAGCAGCCGCAGAAGCAGCUGUGCAACAGCUUCGCCUUCAACCAACAGCACAUAAAAGCGGUCAGUCUAAUCAUACCAGGAAGCAGCACAGACACAGCAUAGCAGGAGUCCUCCCAAUUCAAAGAACUCAGUCUGACAAUCUGCCUCCACCAGCCAAUGACAACAAAGAUCCAAGCCAGCUGGCUCUCAGGAAGGUGAUGUCUGAUGGACCAGUCAAGCCAGAAGGAGCAAGACCUACUAAUCAUCGACCUGCUGAAAGCUCCGUCUCUACCGGCUCAUCUGCCAGCAGCUUUGGCAGUGGAUAUAGUGUGGACAGUGAAGGAGGUAGCAGCACUGCAGGGGAGACUAAUCUAUUUCCCAUUCCAAGAGUAGGAAAGAUGGGGCAGAAUGGACAAGAGACUGCGAAGCAGCCGGGAGUAGGAUUAACAGAUGCUGAAGCUAAAACACAAGUAAUGGGAGAAAUCAAGAUUGCCCUGAAAAAAGAAAUGAAAACAGAUGGAGAACAGCUAAUAGUUGAGAUCCUUCAGUGCAGAAACAUCACUUACAAAUUUAAGUCUCCUGAUCAUUUACCAGAUUUGUAUGUGAAACUGUAUGUAGUCAACAUUUCUACGCAAAAAAGAGUGAUCAAGAAAAAGACAAGAGUGUGUAGGCAUGAUCGGGAACCUUCAUUCAAUGAAACAUUUAGAUUUAGCCUGAAUCCUGCUGGACAUUCUCUUCAGAUUUUGCUCGUCUCCAAUGGAGGGAAGUUUAUGAAAAAGACAUUAAUUGGUGAAGCUUAUAUCUGGCUUGACAAAGUGGAUUUAAGGAAAAGAAUAGUAAACUGGCACAAACUCUUGGUCAGUCCUACUCAAACACAUUGAAGAGAGUCUGGUUAGGAUUUAGAACUUUACAGACUAUUAUCUUCUAUAAAGAGCAUCAAAUCAAUUCUAUAGAUUGAUACUAUUGUGUUUAGCUAGGCUUUCAGAAGGAAAAAAAAAAAAGACAAGUGGGAAGAUCAGGUGAUGAAUCUUCAACCUUGUAAACUUGUUGUUGAGGAAGUCAACAAGCAGCUAUGGGAUCCCAAUUAAAAGGAUAUAUGAUUUAAAGAAAGGAAGGCUUGUUGAUAUAAGACUUCUCAUGGUCACCAAUAGGAACUAUGGAAGAAGUUGAAUGCUGAAGGCAAUGUGAUUACUUGGAGCUCCUCUGACGCUGAAAGUGAUGGUUCAAAGAUCAAUAUGGUUUGCAAUGUAACACAAUGAUGUUUUUUAUGCAAAGGCAUCGAGGAUGAAAACAAAGAACUGACUUUAUAAAUCUCACUUUUCAAAACUAUAAAAGUAGUUUCUCUGAACCUUAGGCUCUCUCUGAUUAUUCUCUAUGGUAAGAGUAUACUGCAGGAUUGAUUCAUCCCGUUUUGUGUACAGUCAUGGCAGAGGUGUGGAUUUUAUUUUUAUGAAUUAAAUAUAUAUGUCUUGGAGCAUGAGCUCAAAGGAGAUUCCAUGGUGUAAAGCACCAUUCUUGAAAUCUGUAUGAUGAAAGCACAUUUUUGGCAAAGGUUGACAUGAUUUAUACUGAAGAUAACCCAGAAUAGAACUUAAAUGGAAUAUUAAAAAGGUGAUAUUAUUUAUUGUACAAAUAUCCUGGAAAAACAGACAUGAAUGACUUGGUAGGGAAGAAUUUUGCCUCAAAAACAAAAUAAUCCCAGUGACCUAUCAUAAAAAUAUAGAAGAUUCUUAAUUUUCCCAUAAUUUAGUCUUUGGAGAAGACUACUUGAAUAAUAUAGGCUAUAUGUACCAAAGGGUGAUUUAACUUGUCUUGUGUGAGUUAGGAUGCAUGAGAUGCUAUUCUUUGUGGAACUGAAAAUAAAUUAAUUAUCCUAUAGAUUUAAUUUCUAUUGAGUGACAUAUUAGGAGAAAAAAAUAUUUCCCUCAAAUAAAUUUUAUAUUGGUCUCUCUGUAGUGGAUAAUUAAAUUGGGAUGACUUUUUACUCUUAUGUCACUAAAUCUUUAAAAAAUAUGUGUGUAUAUAUAUACAUAUAUAUACACACACACAUUAUAUAUAUGUAUAUGUACACAUAUACAUCUAUAUAUAUAAUAGCAUGAAAAUCCUAACACCUUAAGCCUACCUUUCUAUUAUAUUUCUGCUCCCCUACUUCAUUUUGGUCAAGUUCACUACUGGGAAAUUUAGAAAAAUUGUAUUGUGUGACUAUACAAAAUACCAAGUUUAAAAAUUUUAUUCUAUUUGAGUGAGGAUUUUGACACCAGAAGAUGAUAAUUCAUUUCUUUAAAUAUUGAACAAAAUGGUCUAAAUUCAAUAUCUUUGGAUCGAGUGGAAAAUAAUCUAGUACUAGAAUUUAGAAAAAAAAAACUGGCUUUUAGUCUGAGUUCUGACAAUGAUUCCUUGUAUAAUUUUAAGCAAGUCACUAAACUUCAUUGUGUGCCCAUGUCAUGUGUAUAAUGAGGAUCUUAAUAUCUUCCUUUCCUACCUCACAGGAUUGUUGUUAGGAUAAAAGUAGGCCAUAUACAUGAAAGCACUUUGCACAAUAUAAAGAGCUAUACAAAUAUAAUGAAUAAGGGUCAAACAUGUUGAGUCUCUCAUUCCAAGAUACACUAAAAGUCUUCUUACCCCUUAAAAAAUCACUUUAUAUUGGCUAAAAAAAAAAUAACAACAAAUGCUUUUCCAAAAGUAUUAUUUUUCAUUCACCCAUUUGGAAAAAAAAAGAUAAGUAAAAUGAAAAUAUAUACAAAUAGACAGGAUAUGCAAAGUUGAAGCCAAAUGAACUAUUCCUUUAUUAAAUCUUUUACUCCAGUCUGACUUUGUCUCUAAAGCAAAAUUUCAGAGUUAAGCAACUCAGUCUAAGUUUGUUGCUUUAAAAUUGCUGCUGUAUUUUAGAUUCAAUAUUCCUCUGAGGAGAGAAGGUAGUACAAUUCUCACAGUAGCAACUUUAACUUUGAAUAUUGUGGCUUUUUUUCAAAUGAAUACAUAUUUCAAAUGUAAUUUUCUCUGUAGUUAAUAUUAACUAGAGCUCUUGAUUCUGCAUGGACCUUCAAAAUAACUAGAAAUCAUUCAUUACAAAAAAUUUUAUUUGCAUUAAUAGAAUAAGGAUUUGAACUCCAGUUGUCCUACAGUCCUACUUGGAAGGUUAUCAUAUCUUCUCCAUCCAACAACAUCCCCUCCACCUCUACCCUUCACCAAAAAAUAAAAUAAAAUAAUAAAAAAUCCUGCUUUUAGCUACAUUGAAAUAAGGAUAAGAUGUAGGUAUUUGAAAGAUCAAAGACAAUUUUGAUCUUGUAAGAAUUUCAUUUUUUAUUGGUGACAGCAAGUCCUGCUGAUGGUUGCUAUGGAAAUUUUCAGCAGGAGUUACUGUGAUAUGGGAGUCUGUAAUCAACAUUCUUUAUUUGAGAAAAGUAGCUUAAUAAGCUUUUCUGACAUAAAAUGUCACUUCUAGAUUCCCUGAAAGCUAAACUAAUAGGAUCUUGGUUAACUCUGGCACUCUCUUUCAAUCUCUGGUCAUCUUGUACUCAUGAGAACUAAACAUUAUAAAAAUGAUUGGGUCAUACCAGUCAUUUGACUUCAAAAUAUGAUCUCCCUUCAACCAAUAAAGUAGUAGAGAUCAUCAAACAGAGGGAUGUCCCUUCAUCAUCCCUUAUCAAAUGUAUUAAAAUUAUUUUCAUUCUGGGUGGCCCAACAGUUAGUUCCUGGAGACUAGUAGCAGUCAAGUCAUUUCGUACAUUCAAUGACAGAAAUCAUCUUGGAUGGGUAUAUGCUAGCAUGAAUUCAGAAUGUGUGAUGUAAGAUGCUUCUAAAGAGUGCCAAAGUUUCAGUUGACCAAAAUCCUUAGGCUGUUCUGGAAUUAUUCUAUGCAACACUGAUUUAUAUGUGAAUGCAUUUCUUCUGAGUGAAGUUAAGUACCCUUCAGAAAACAAAAUAAUUUCAUUUUAAAAUUAAAAAUAGGACUCUUGUUUUUUUUUUUUUUUUUUUUUAAUAUCACAGCAUGGGUUUCCAGUUCUACAUAUUUAUCUUUCCACUGACUUCUUAGUGGUGAUGGAGCUUAUGAUCUCUAAUUAACUAAUUUUUUAUUGAUCUUAACAACAUACUUCUACAAUAUUUGCCUGAAUAAGUACAUCUUUCAGGUUCUUCAAAGGAAUUUUGAUUUUUCCCACAAAUCCACUUAAUCAUGAAAUAUUGAGAUUGCAUUAGAUCUUAAACCAAGAGCUAUGAAAACAUGCUGAAAUCUGAGCAAAAGCACAGUGUGAGUGUUUACAAGGCUUCAUGAUAGUCUUUAUUAAUAUGAAUGGGGGUAAAAGCAGGACAUUACUACGAAUAUGUUAUUCAUUUACUAUUUCACAGUAUAAAGAGACAGGAUCCAGGAGCAGAAAAAAGGAAUAUAGCAUCUGCUUCUUAAUAAUACCCAUAUUUUUACAUCAAACUAACUUAUUAACCAAAUCCAUGUUUCAAGACAUAAAUGAAGUAAGUUUUGUAGAUCACACAUACACAUCUUGAAAUGAUCAUUUUGUGGGAAUAACGUAGCUGGUAACCAGCUAAUAUGGAUUCUUACUAUAGGAAUAAUGGUGGGAGUGGGUGUGGUGAGAGUAGUGUGGAGAUAUAAGUAAGCAUCUAUAGUAUAAAAAGCUAUUGUGCCCAAUUUAAUAGAAAUUAUUUGAUCAAUGUUUAGUUUCAUGAAGAUAUCAUAAAGAUGUUUAUAGUAUUUUUUUAUUAUUUAAAUCAUACUUAAUAUUUUAAAGGACUUAUUUUCAUUGCUACAGUGUCUAUUAUCCCAAAUUCUGCCAACUAUAUCUAUACAUGUAUAUACACCUAUGUCUAACAAAUGAAUUGAAGAUAUGUGACUGAGCUUGGAACUGAAAUGAAAAAGAGAGAAUGUUCAAUAAAUACAAAUCAUAUGAUUCAGUUGUUUCUUUCAAAUGAUUAAUUGCCUUUGCUUAAAAAGACUAGAGUGAAUGAAUAAAUGGAUAAUCUAAGUUAGAAUACACAUUUUAAUGUUUUCUGUAUGUUCCAUUUUAUUUGUUUAAAAAAGUUACCUGGGGAACUCAAAAUCAUUUAAAAAUCCUUAAAUAUUAAGUCGUUUGAAAGAGCAGUUUCUUAAUUUGUUACACUGUAUAUAACUAUACAUUUUGUAAAGCAGACAAGUUUGAAUUAUUAAUUUCAUCUAGCAUUCAGCAUGUGAAUGUGAAUAUUAUUUGAUAGUGUCUGUAAAUUUGUUCAGUGAUGUGCUCAGGUGCUACCAUGACAAUAUCUUAUCAAAAAAAAAAAAAAAAGAUAAAGAUAAAGAAAAAACAUACAGCAUUCCAGCUGUCCAAUUUUUUUUUAAUUAAGAAAAUAUCCUUGAAAAAAUGUCAUGUUUCUAAAUUGAAUGUUGCAUGCAGUGAUAGUGAUUUGAUAUCUUCUUUUUCCAUUUAUAAAUUUUACUUCUGAGAUUUCUCUGGAAAAACAAAAAAAAAUCAAAAAGCCUUGUUCUAAAAGUUGUAUAAAUUAAAACAUAAAAUGUAUGAGAAUUGUACAAAGACAAUGCUUGUAAAUCUGUUUUAGUUUCCACUCUAUGUAAAAAUUCCUGUCAUGGUUUUGUGGUUGUAUACAGGAUGUAUCUUGAGAAUUUAUGCAAGUUGUGUUAUACAAAGGCUGCUCCCCCAGUCUAACAAAUAAAUAGUGAAAACAUCAA